GAGCAGGCUGCAAGCAAUUAGCAGCUUACGCUCCUUAGAGCAGUUUUUAUUUUACCUUGAUUUUUACUAGAAGUUUAGGACGCAGCAAUGUCAGAAGCCACAAAAGCAAGGGUAGUUGUGUGCAUAGGCGACAUCCAUGGCUACGUGACGAAGCUGAAAAAUCUUUGGUCGAACAUCGAAAAGAGCAUCGACCCCUCCCAAUUCGAAACCGCCACCAUAAUCUUCUUGGGCGAUUACUGCGACAGAGGCCCAGACACUCGCCACGUCAUCGAUUUCCUCAUCGCGUUGCCGUCCCUCUACCCCCGCCAGAAACACGUGUUCCUAGCCGGCAACCACGACCUCGCCUUCGCUGCCUUCCUCCGCCUCCUCCCUCCACCGCCGGACGGCUCCCCCUUCUCGGAUGGAUGGAAGGAGUACGAAGCGAGCGAGGAACGCGAAGGGUGGUACAAGGGAGAAGGGUAUGAGAAUAUGUAUCUGCAAGGUCGAAGGUGGAGUGGUAUCAUCAAGGUCAAGUUUAACACUGCUAAGGGAUUGGACUAUCAGGGUUCCAUUUACGACGCUGAACCUACCUUUCUCUCCUAUGGAGUUCCUCAUGGUUCUCCUGAUUUGGUUAAGGCAGUUCCUGAUGAGCAUAAGAAAUUUCUUGCUGAUUUGAUUUGGGUCCAUGAAGAGGAUGAUGUCUUUAUCGACACUGAUGGUGGAGUUAAAUGCUGCAAGUUGAUUGCUGUUCAUGCUGGUUUGGUGAAAGGAUCAGAUGUGAAAGAGCAGUUAAAACUUUUGAAAGCUCGGGAUACACGGGUGCCUAAGGUGGAGGCUCUAAGUGGGAGAAAGAGUGUGUGGGAUAUUCCUGAGGAACUAAGUGCGAGUCCAACCAUCGUUGUAAGUGGUCACCAUGCAAAACUCCAUAUAGAAGGCUUAAGGCUGGUCAUUGAUGAAAGUGGUGGAUAUUCUGAUAAACCAGUGGCUGCAAUUGUUCUUCCUACAAAGAAGAUUAUUCGUGAUACAGAAACACAAGCAUUAACAGAAUAGUUUCAUAUUUGUGAUAGUUUUGCCUGUAUACGGUGUAGUCAUGCUGUCAGAAACUAUUUUGAUCUCACCAUGAGAGAUAUUAGGAUGGUAAUCCUUGUAUUCUGAUUUUCAAUAAAGCAUUGCACUAUUCCCUUCAUCAAUGCUAUGGAUCUGAAUCCCUCACCUUGAAGUGACAAGUGCAGUUUCAGUAACUAUUUGAGUUUGACAUGUUGGAUAGUAUCCACUUUGAUGUACUAAAUAAAUAAGAUCAACAUCAAUAGUG